GAGAUUUAUCACCGACUUUGACCUGCGGUCUGUGUCAACACCAUGCUUUUCUUCUGCACAGGAUGGAAUGGAUGAUUCAGCGCUGCUACAAAGACAGUGUCCUCAUCUUUGGCUGUCGGUCUGUGCUGCUGCUCUCGUGUUUGCUCUUUCUCCUGCUUGUGUCCAUGUAUCCUGGCUUGAUGUCCAUUGGGAUUCAACUUCAUUCAGCGUUCACCGGGAGCUACAUAUCAGGACACCACUCUGUCCUUCUCAUCAACAGCCAGGACGAACAGACAGCAAAAGACAUCGGCAGGGAAAUCAUGGAGAUGAGGUUGGCCGCCAGUAUUAAUAUUCUGUCCAGGACAUCCUCAAUGUACUAUUGGAAAGGAGAAAUCCAGGAUGCAGCUGAAAUUCUGAUGCUCAUCAAGACAAAGUCAUCAAAGGUCCGGCAAGUUGUCGAUUAUGUGAGGACUGUACAUCCCUACGCGGUCCCAGAGGUCCUCAGCUUCCCCGUGGAAGAUGGCAAUCUGGCCUACAUGAAGUGGAUGGAUGAAGCCAUUCCUGAAGACUGAUGUACUCUGAUGACGGCAACAAAACAACAUCUCACUGUGAAAUACAGCAGAACAAACAAAUGGAGCCAUUUGUAAAAAGCCUUGGACUGGGGCUUCAGAAAAAAACUCUGCUGAACAAUAGUUCAGUACAUGACUUUUACACUAUGUGUUGCUCUGACCUUUCUGGAGUACACAAUGUGCUGAACAUGAGGUUCUUGUACUUUCAGAGAAUAAUGAACUGCAGUAUUGUUGCAGAAUAGUUUAUUUUAUUUUAAUUUUAGCAAGGAACUAGUUUAAUGUC